AUGGCAGCCUGGCUGCUUAACAAGCUGAAAUCCUUCAUGGUGCUGGCAUAUGGGUUUACCGGUCUUCUUUACUAUGGACUCGUAGCUGUGCGGUUGGGAUAUCUCUUCAAGGAACCCACUGAGAAGGAGAACUUGGAAUUGCAGAUUGCUCGCGAUAAGUUUUGGAAUCUGUCGAAGGAUUGCGGGUUCAAAUUCCAUUAUGUUUGCAAUGAUUCUGGGAACCGGGGGCCCGCGGACCAGGCGAAACCGGUGGUCGUCUUCAUCCACGGCUUCCCGGAUAGCUGGGCCAUCUGGCGCCAUGUCCUAAGCUCGUCGUCUCUCCAGGAGUCCGCGACUUUGGUUGCGGUCGACAUGCCCGGUUAUGGAGGCAGUGACAGCUUCGAGGAAUACUCUGCCACGAAUGUGCUCGAGAGUUUGACGGAAUUCGUCAUCGCGAUCAGAGCUAAAUAUGGCGUGGAUACUGAGGCUGGUCCCCGCCAGAAGAAACUGGACUAUUCUCUCCCUCGACACUCUGCCUCCAAUGUUCGUCGUCUCAUCUCCACGUCGGUCAAGAUGGUUAAAACUGCUUCGCGCGAUCCGAUCCGUUCACGCUCAAUGUUCUCCAAGGCGUUUUCGACUCUGGGCCCCGUGUUUCGGCAAGUGUGGAGGUCUAAGUACAUCUUCGCUUUCCAGCUCCCUAUGUUUCUCGUUCGGUAUUUGGGUAGAGGGGGUUAUUAUUCCUUCUUGAAAAUCAUCCACAGGUCUUCUUACGGAAGGCGGGAGUUUACUUCUCAGGAUGCUGCCGAGUGUCUGGCAAGCACUAUGGGCCCGUCAACUACCGAAUCCAGCACUCAAACCGCCGAUGGUGAGGAAUAUCCGGCUUCACUGAAGAAUGAGCGCGCACCGUCGAGCUUUCAGCACAUGGCCUGCUACUACAGGGAUGGGACUUCUAUCGCGCGCUGGAACAAGUCUGUUGAGACGAUUACCGACCUGCACAGCAUCAGUGGCGGCAACGGGGCUGGACUGUUUGACGACGGACCCAAGGGCGCCUUGAAAGCCAGUGCAACCAUCCUUUGGGGCAAGGCCGACAUUGCCUUGGAGCCGCAGAUUUGCUUGGAUGGUAUCUCGGAUUAUCUCGUCGCGGACAGUCAGCUUGUCGAGCUUCCUCUGUCGGGCCACUUCACUCCGCUGGAGCGCGAGAGCCAAGUUGCUCUGGAAAAGGCGGUUGAGUGGUCUGCCUGCUACCCGAAGGCUGUGGUGACUCUGCGGAAGUAA